AUGUGCGCAUUAUCUAUCUAUCUAUCUAUCUAUCUAUCUAUCUAUCUAUCUAUCUAUCUAUCUAAAUUUAUUCAUAUCUAUCUAUCUAUCUAUCUAUCUAUCUAUCUAUCUAUCUAUCUAUCUCAGUUUAUUCACAUCUAUCUCAGUUUAUUCAGGUCUGUCGCAGUUUAUUCAUAUCUAUCUAUCUAUCUAUCUAUCUAUCUAUCUAUCUAUCUAUCUACCCGCUAUCUACGUCCAUCUCUUCCUUCUCUCUUCUCUCUCUCUCUCUCUCUCUCUCUCUCUCUGACAUUAAUAUUAAUUUGUUCAUAUCCCUGUAAUUGUGCUCCCGUUGUUUGCGUGCACGUGCAGAAUCCUUUCCUUGGGUGUGGUUGUUCUUCAAGGCCUAGCAAAAGCCGGGAAUACAAAUUCUUAAUUGAUGCAACAGGCUUACCCUCCUUAAUUAAAACGUUGGCUCAACAAAAUUUUCUUCUUCUUAUAUAG